AUGAUAUGGCGGAGCAGAGCUGGUGCUGAAUUGUUCUCUCUGAUGGCUCUAUGGGAGUGGAUAGCCUUGAGUCUUCAUUGCUGGGUUUUAGCGGUUGCUGCUGUUUCGGAUCAGCAUGCCACAAGCCCCUUCGACUGGCUCCUCUCUGAUAAGGGACCCUUCCAUCGCUCACAGGAAUACACAGAUUUUGUGGACAGAAGCCGGCAGGGAUUUAGCACAAGAUACAAGAUAUACAGGGAGUUUGGCCGCUGGAAAGUAAAUAACCUUGCAGUCGAGAGGAGAAAUUUCCUUGGCUCUCCUCUGCCUCUUGCUCCUGAAUUCUUCCGCAACAUAAGACUUUUGGGACGCCGACCUACCCUGCAGCAAAUCACAGAAAACCUUAUCAAGAAAUAUGGGACACAUUUCUUGCUGUCUGCUACUCUGGGAGGAGAGGAGUCACUCACAAUUUUUGUGGACAAGCGGAAGUUGAGCAAAAGAUCUGAAGGAAGUGAUUCCAGCACCAAUAGCUCUUUGGUCACUCUGGAGACGCUACAUCAACUAGCCGCUUCCUAUUUCAUUGACAGGGACAGCACCCUUCGGAGACUUCACCACAUUCAAAUUGCAUCCACUGCCAUAAAGGUAACAGAAACACGGACUGGUCCUCUUGGCUGCAGUAACUAUGACAACUUAGAUUCUGUCAGUUCUGUUCUGGUUCAGAGUCCUGAGAAUAAGAUUCAGUUGCAAGGGCUGCAAGUCCUCCUUCCAGACUAUCUUCAGGAGCGUUUUGUACAAGCGGCUUUGAGCUACAUCGCUUGCAAUUCAGAGGGAGAGUUCAUCUGCAAGGACAAUGAUUGCUGGUGUCAAUGUGGUCCCAAAUUUCCAGAAUGCAACUGCCCCUCCAUGGACAUUCAAGCCAUGGAAGAGAAUCUUCUUCGAAUAACUGAAACCUGGAAAGCCUACAACGGUGACUUUGAGGAAUCAGAUGAAUUCAAGUUCUUUAUGAAAAGGCUACCCAUGAAUUAUUUCCUCAACACAUCUACCAUAAUGCAUUUGUGGACAAUGGAUUCUAAUUUUCAGCGCCGCUAUGAACAACUGGAGAACAGCAUGAAGCAACUGUUCCUAAAGGCGCAGAAAAUUGUACACAAGCUCUUUAGCCUUAGCAAGAGGUGCCAUAAACAACCCCUCAUCAGCUUGCCAAGACAAAGAACCUCAACCUACUGGCUCACUCGCAUCCAGUCUUUUCUCUACUGCAACGAGAACGGCCUCCUGGGCAGCUUUUCGGAAGAGACGCACUCGUGCACGUGUCCGAACGACCAGGUGGUGUGCACCGCGUUCCUGCCCUGCACGGUGGGCGACGCUUCGGCCUGCCUGACCUGCGCCCCGGACAACCGUACCCGCUGCGGCACCUGCAACACCGGCUACAUGCUGAGCCAGGGGCUCUGCAAGCCGGAGGUCGCCGAGUCCACCGACCACUACAUCGGCUUCGAGACCGACCUGCAGGACCUCGAGAUGAAAUACCUGUUGCAGAAAACGGACAGACGAAUAGAAGUCCAUGCCAUUUUUAUCAGCAACGACAUGCGCCUCAAUAGUUGGUUCGACCCCUCCUGGCGCAAGCGGAUGCUCCUCACCUUGAAGAGCAACAAGUACAAGUCAAGUCUGGUCCACAUGAUCUUGGGUCUCUCCUUACAGAUUUGCUUAACUAAAAACAGCACCCUGGAGCCAGUGUUGGCUGUUUACGUCAAUCCCUUCGGAGGCAGCCACUCAGAGAGCUGGUUUAUGCCUGUGAAUGAAAACAGCUUUCCAGACUGGGAGCGGACUAAGCUGGACCUCCCACUGCAGUGUUACAACUGGUCGCUGACUCUGGGGAACAAGUGGAAGACAUUUUUUGAGACAGUGCACAUCUACCUGAGGAGUCGCAUCAAGUCAAACGGCCCCAAUGGCAAUGAGAGCAUUUACUACGAACCUCUGGAAUUCAUUGACCCUUCCCGGAACCUGGGUUAUAUGAAAAUCAAUAACAUUCAAGUGUUUGGUUACAGCAUGCACUUUGACCCUGAAGCAAUUCGGGACUUGAUUUUGCAGCUGGACUACCCCUAUACUCAGGGAUCCCAGGACUCAGCACUUUUGCAACUUCUAGAGAUAAGAGACCGUGUAAAUAAACUCUCCCCACCUGGUCAGCGUCGUCUAGAUCUUUUCUCUUGCUUGCUUCGUCAUAGACUCAAGCUGUCUACCAGUGAGGUGGUGAGGAUCCAAUCUGCUCUGCAGGCGUUUAAUGCCAAAUUGCCAAACACGGUGGAUUAUGACACGACCAAAUUAUGUAGUUAA